AUGUCAGUUUUAGAUCUACUGAAAAUUGAAGAUCAAUUAGAUGCUAUUAAAAAAGAGGCCGCUAAUAAGGAAAACAUAAAUUUGAAUAAAACAGAUGGAGCUUUGAAAGAAGAAAAUGAAAGGUUGAAAAAAGAAUUGAAACAAGAGAUUUUAAAAUCCAAAGAUCAUGAGAUUUUGAAAAAACAAGCUGAACAACAACAUGCUGAAUAUGUUAGAUUAACUGAUAGACUAAAUGAAUACGAAAGGAUUAUAGAAAAUCAAUCUAACGAAAAUAAAAAAUCUGUCUAA